GGAAAUUGCCACGGCAGCGGGCAAGAACGCCUCGAUGGUUGUGGGCCUUUACUGCAAGGCCACCACUGGCUGUGAUAAAGUGUCCGAAUACCUCAAGACUGUGUACCUACCCGACGGUAUCGUGGUCUUGGGCCACAUAUCUUACAACGACAACAACAUCACGGGCUGCAUCAUGUUGCCGACUAGCCUCUACGAAGACUCGAAAAAGGCGACAAAGAACUGGCAAAACUUGACCUACAUGUACUCGAUGAACGACGCCGUAAAAACGGUUAAACACCUGCAACAGACAGAGGGUCUCGACACCAUGUUCGCCGUGUCAACGACGAUGGCGGGGCGUUGGUAUAAGCCAGAGAGGCCGGACAACAAGAACGUCAAAUAUGCCGGAAGGUACCGCCCUGCGAACCCGUGCAAAUUGGAAAGCUACCCUCAGAAGGCGCACGUACAAGCCAUGUGCGGCAACACAACCUUCCAAUACACAAAGAACUUCGCGUACACGGCGAGUCGGGUCACCGGAUACUCCUGGGACAAGACGCAUGGAUUCACGAUAACCUUCGAAACGGAGGAAACACUCAAAGUAAAGUUCUGCUUCACUUUCGACAACCACACGGAGCUGCUGGUCGGGGUCGCCGCCUACGACGUGAACUACGAUGCUGCGCCCAAGAACUGCACGGGAUUCAUAGGAGCCGCCUGGUCGCGGCUGCUUUUUGUCGAGAAGAUUCGCAAGCUGCUGAACAUUCCUGGCAUGUACUCGCCGGGGGUAUUUUUAUCACGAUGCGUGGCAGAGGUCCAACGAAGACCAGGAAGAUAGCCGUUCAGUGGCCGCUUCCAACCCGUGCCGCGUCUCCCAGGCUCCGUUCAACUUAUCAAUAAAGCAAUUCCUGCCUGAAG